AUGAAAUUCUUUGUUGUCUUCGCUUGCGCUUUGGCCGUUGCCUCUGCUGGAUACCUUUCUCCUCUUGGUUAUGGAGCUCAUCAUGUCUAUGGAGGACAUCAAGUCUAUGGUGUUCAUCAUGUAGAACAUCAACAUCUUCCAGUUAUUGGAGCUGAUGGUGUCCCAGUCGAUACUGCUGCUGUCCAACAAGCUAAGGUUGAACACUCCGUGCACAAGGGUCAUGCUGAAGCUCGCAACGGAGAUUUGUACCAUGGAGCCAUUGCUCAUGGAGUUGUCGCUCAUGGGGCUGUAGUAGCUGCCCCAGUUGUAUCAACUUAUGCUGCUCAUUACACCCCAUCUGUGUACACUGGCCCACAACACGUCCCAGUCAUUGGAGCCACCGGUGUCCCAGUAGAAACCCCAGAAGUUCAACACGCCAAGGCUGCCCAUUUGGUCCACAAAGCCGAAGUACAAGCCCGCAACGGUGAUUCCGUUCACGCUUUUGUAGCUCCAGUCGUAGCUCACUCUGUUGUAUCCCAUCAUGUCCCAGUUGUAGCCAACGGAGCUCCGGUAGAGACCCCAGAAGUCCAACAUGCUAAGGCCGCUCACUUCGCUGCUCACGCUGAAGCUAAUGCCCGUAAUGCUAUCGUAGCUCACUCUGUUGUAUCCCACGAAGUCCCAGCCAUCGUCAAUGUCGACACCGUCGAAGUACAACAAGCUAAAGCCGCUCACUACGCCGCCAAGGCUCAAGCUCAUGCCGUCAACGGACACUACGCUCACGGAUUUGUAGGAUACACUGGUGUAGCUCACCACGUCCCAGUUGAUACCAUUGAGUUCAACAAGCCAAAGCCGCCCAUUACGCCGCCAAGGCUCAAGCCCUCAACGGUCACUACGCCCACGGAAUCGUAG